AGAGCUUGAGGUUGGCGCGCGGUAUGACAUGGCUGCUGCGGGGGUUCAUCUCCUGCAGGCCGUGUACUGGAAGGUGUUCACUAUCAGUGACUAUGUCUACGUCCUGCAGACGGGCAGCGAGCCAAAGCUUUCUCUGCUGCAGGAGGGGGAUAUUGGCAGAUAUAAGACGUUCCUGUCGGAGCUGCUGGUCUGUAUACCGCGAAAGGCCAAGAAAAUCUGCUCCCCCAUUUCUUUCCUGCAGCUAUCAACUCAAAGAGAAGUCGUAGCUCGAGUAAUUCAACGCAUCUGUGAAAAAAACAAGAAGAACGUUCUAGCAUUUGGAUAUGGACUGGCUGCUGAAAAGAGUUCACUACGUGUUACAUUUGCACCAAGUAUUUGCAAUUACUUUCCAAAUCCAACAACGGCAACUGUCAGCACCAGUGUCCUCUGGGAAACCCUGCUAAGUAGGGUGGGAGAUGAUGUUAUGAUGCAUUUGUUGGAAAACUGUUCUCUUUUUAUGAGGGUGCCACCCAAUUGCUAUCAAAUGUGUGGUCAGCCUAUCUAUAAUGUAACCAAAGAGGAAACUCUUCCAUCACCUUGGCUUAAAAAAGACUGUUCUAUCUAUAAAGGAAAUGUUUUAUCUCAAUAUAUUCAGAGACGUUCUUUCACAUCUAAUACUUGUUCACGGAAAAUGACCACAUUAAGGCAAAAAAUCAAAAGUCAAAGAAACGUUAAAGUAAAAAAAGUACACACUGAGGUUAUGGUGGAAGCAGGAGAUAUACACUCCAGCAUUGGACCAUUGAAACAUUUGGAAAAUGUUGGUACGUUUACCACUGAGGAUAGGCACACAAAAAGAGCUCCUCUUAUUGAAAAUUGUGACAUCCCGGCCAAAAGACGUAAAACAGAACUGAAACAAACUGACGUUCACACGUCUGCUAGUGUGACAGCAGAAGCACCUUCCGUAAUACCAGGGGAUCACAUAGUGUGGCAGUGUGCCAGUCAAAGUGAAUCCGAGAAGCAUUCUGCUGUAACAACUGGAAACUUUAGGUUAAGUGAUUUUGUGGAGCCUCAAGACAAAGCGUCCUACGAUUCUCUUUGUACACCUUCAGGCAGAACUUCACCGUCUAACGUUUUUGUCGACUUUGGUAAAAUGUUGUGCACAAAUCCAAUUUCUAAGGAAGGCUUUUUGGAAAGUUUUCUACUGAAUAUGUUGGACAGUAACACCCGCGGCAGUCUAAAUCUUAUUGAGAGGAUAUUUCUGAAUACCGGUAUGUUCGAGCAAGACAUUGACUUACAGGUUCCUUCUCAAGGCAAAAGAAAGAAAAAAGUUUGCAAGCGUUAUUGGCAAUUGAUACCCAUUUUUCAGGAACUGAUAGAAAACCACAAACGAUGUCCUUACAUGUCACUGUUAAAGAAACAUUGUCCUGUCAAACUUCCUGUAAAGAAUAGAACUGAGAUGAUAGAAGGAAAAGGCAAUGAAGAUGGUCUGCCAAGCAGCAAGACACAGCGUGACCAUAGAGACACAGCCAAAACUGACUGGAAAUCCAGUAACACAGCUGUGCACUGUACUGUUAGACGCCAAAGUAAUGUUUGGGAGGAAAAAGAGAACACGAGGCUCAUAGAUAAACUAUAUGCGUUACUGAAGCAACAUAGCAGCGCCUGGCAAGUCUAUACAUUUGUCAGGGAAUGCCUGCACAUAGUAGUGCCUAAAGGCUUGUGGGGCUCCAGUCACAACAAGUGUCGCUUCUUCAGAAACGUCAAAAUGUUGAUAAAAUCCGUCAAGUAUGAGAAAAUUUCUUUGUCAGAACUGAUGUGCAAGAUGAGGGUAGAAGACUGUCCUUGGCUGCGUCUCAAGAAACGUAAUCACUUUGUUCCUGCGUCAGAGCACUUGCUGCGAGAGAAAAUACUUUCUAAGUUCUUAUUUUGGCUUAUGGAUACCUAUGUUAUACAGUUACUGAAAGCAUUUUAUUACAUCACAGAAACCAGCUUUCAGAAAAAUAGACUGUUCUUUUAUAGGAACUGCAUCUGGGGACAGCUUCAAAAGAUUGGUGUACGGAAACACAUGACAAAUGUAAAGCUACGCUUAAUGUCGACUGAUGAAAUAGAGAAUAUGAAGCAGCAAAAGAAGACCCCUUUGGUCUCCAGGUUACGUUUCAUACCAAAAACAAAUGGAUUGCGUCCAAUUGUGAAAAUGUGUGAUACUUUGGGAUCCCAACAAAGUAAAGAGAUUAAGCAAAGAAAGAUUCUAUAUUUUAACACUCAAGUCAGAAACCUCUUCAGUAUUCUCAAUUAUGAAAGAAACAAGUCUUCCAACUUGAUUGGCUCCUCUGUAUUUGGACUUGAUGACAUAUAUAAGAAAUGGAAAACAUAUGUGCUGUGGCUUAAAGAAUCAAAUUCUGAAAAUGUCAAGUUUUACUUUGUAAAGACUGAUAUAAAGGAGGCAUAUGACACAAUUCCUCAUCCAAAACUUGAGGAAGUAAUCUCAAAAGUAAUAAAACCAGAUAAUGAAGAAGUUUAUUGCAUACGACGCUAUGCCGUGUUGUGGAUGGAUUCGUGUGGCCGUAUUAGGAAAUCUUUUAAAAGACAUGUUUCGAAUUUUGUUGAUUUUAUUCCUAAUAUGAAAUGUUUUUUAAAACAUGUUCAGGAGGUUGAUUUGAUUCAGAAUUCCAUCCUCGUGGAACAGAACCUUUCUUUGAAUCAGAACUCAAGCAAACUGCUAGCCUUCUCCCAGCAAAUCAUCUUUAACCAUAUUCUGAGACUUAAUGAUCAAUAUUAUAUGCAGUGUUGUGGAAUACCUCAGGGCUCAAUGUUGUCAGCAUUACUCUGUAGUUUAUGCUAUGGUGAUAUGGAAAAUAAAUUGUUCUGUGGAAUACAAGAGCAUGGAGUUUUCAUGCGACUUAUCGAUGAUUUCUUGCUGGUAACACCUCACUUAGAACAAGCAAAACGAUUUUUAAGAACUCUGGCAGAAGGGCUUCCUGAUUAUGGCUGCUCAAUAAGCCUCGACAAGACUGUCGUGAAUUUCCCUAUUGAUGACAUUUCAGAGUGCUCAACAGUAGAGCAGUUACCAGGCCACUCCUUGUUGCGUUGGUGCGGUCUUCUGCUUGACACUAAAACUUUGGAAGUUUUCUGUGAUUACUCUAGCUUUUCCUGUACGUCUGUUCGUUCCAGUCUGUCGUUUUGCCACAGUUCUAAAGCUGGGGAAAAUUUGAGACAUAAACUGUUGAAUGUCCUACAACUGAAAUGCCACAGUCUUUUCCUUGACCUUCAGGUUAACAGUCUGCGAACUGUGUACAUUAAUGCCUACAAGAUUCUGUUACUUCAGGCAUACAGGUUCCAUGCCUGUGUUAUACAGCUUCCAUUUGGUCAGAGCAUAAAGAAUAAUCCACAGUUCUUUCUUACUGUAAUUUCUGAUAUGGCACCAUGUUUCUACACGAUUUUAAAAUAUAAAAAUAAAGAUUUUACUCUUGGAGCCAAAGAUGCAUCUGGACCAUUUCCUUUUGAAUCAGCCCAAUGGCUCACUUGUCAUGCAUUUAUUACAAAGCUGUCUAUUUAUAAUAUAUUGUACAAGACCCUGCUUGUCCCUCUUCACCAUUGCAAAAAGCAGCUUUCUAGAAGCUUGCCAUAUGAAACAAUUAGCCUUCUAAAAGAAGUGACUGAUACAUCCCUCCAUAAAGAUUUUUCAACUAUAAUGGACUAAUUACUGCAAUAUUUAUAAAGAUACAAUUUUUUUUUACU